AUGGCUUACUAUUUACCCACAUAUCCAACAGGUAACAGAUCGCUUCGAGGUGGUUGGGCUUACGCUGACACGAAUGGAUUCCGCUCUGAUGAUUCUCCCAUGAAGCAAGGGGUCAAGGAGAGCGACAGGCUGUUUGAAAUGUCUGCCACUGCAAAGCCGGAGCAAGUCAUUGCCGAGUUCUCCCUGAAAUCUCUUCUCUUCCAGGGUCUGGGAAAGACGGAAAGCCGUCCUCUACCUUCGUUCAUCGAAUGA